CAUUAAGUAUUUGUACUGCUUCAAUUCGUGAGAGCCUGAAUUACAGUGGAAACAGUGUCAAAGGGCAGAUUUUUUUAUAGUGCAAAAUGUAGUAUGAACAGAGUUGUUGUUAGUUCAUGUUUAUGAUAUUUUUUUUAUCAAAAAGCGUAUUCUUUCUCAUCAAAGGGCAGUUAUUUUAUUUUUCUUUUUAUCUUCGUAUAACUUACAAAGAGCAAAAUGAGUGCUAUAUUUUUUUACGAGGAUGGAAAUGAUGCCAUGCAUUUAGAAGAGGAGGUUAAUCCAUUCCAUCUGAGAGACAUUAACCAACACUAGAAAUUAUUGCGAAUCUCAGGAACCCGAGCAAGAGUUACAAAUUAAAGACCUAGACACUAGAAUGGAAGGCGUAGCAAAUCUUGUAAAAAGAGCAACGAAUCAACAAAUGAUGUAUAAUAAAUAUACUAGUGAGCAGAAGCUUGUAUAUUAUAAACGAGUAAAACUUUACAGUGCUACAAAGUCUGGAAGCCUAGCUAGUGGAAUCACGGAACGAACAGCACAAAGGUGGAUAAGGAAACUUAAAGAAGAUAAAGAUUAGAAUAUUCUUGAAAAGCAAACGAAUAAAGUAAAUAGGAAGCCUAGCUAACUUGAUGAGGAACACUAGGUCCACUUGAUCAAAUUUUACGAUGAAUAUCCUCAAACUCGAGUGAGCGAUGCAGUUGCAUCUCUUCCUGAGAAGUUUGAAAACUUCACUUUGAAUUCUUCCGAUUUUCAAGCUUUCUUAAAAACG